AUGGGUGUUCCAGCAUUGUUCAGAUGGUUGUCUAGAAAGUACCCGAAGAUCAUCUCGCCUGUGAUACAAGACGAAGAUGUGGAUAUUGAUGGCGAAUCCCGUCCCACUAGGUACGAGGACCCCAAUCCCAACGGAGAGCUAGACAAUCUCUACCUAGAUAUGAAUGGUAUCGUGCACCCGUGUUCGCAUCCAGAACACAAACCAGUCCCAGAGACUGAGGACGAGAUGAUGCUGGAUGUUUUUGCCUACACAGAGAAUGUGAUCAUGAUGGCUAGGCCGAGAAAGGUGAUCUACAUCGCCGUUGAUGGUGUUGCUCCCAGGGCCAAGAUGAACCAGCAACGUUCCAGAAGGUUCAGGUCUGCACAGGAUGCUAAAGAUGCUAAUGAAAAAAAGGCGGCAGAGCUAAAGGAGAUGGAAAAGAAAGGUGAAAUCAUUGAUGACGCCAUCAAGAACAAAAAGACAUGGGAUUCCAACGCAAUUACACCAGGUACACCCUUUAUGCAUCGAUUGGCCGACUCUUUACGCUACUGGGCGGCCUAUAAGCUGACUACUGAUCCAGGGUGGAGUGGAAUUGAGGUCAUCAUUAGCGAUGCCUCUGUACCCGGUGAGGGUGAACACAAGAUUAUGUCCUAUGUAAGAUCACUACGCUCUUCUCCCAAACACGAUCCAAAUACCACCCACUGUAUCUAUGGAUUGGACGCAGACUUGAUUUUCCUGGGCUUGGCUACUCAUGAACCCCAUUUUAAGAUUUUGAGAGAGGACGUGUUUGCUCAAGACAAAAAGAGUUACUCCCUUCAAGAUCAGCUACGUAUGACUGACAUUGAGAGACAAGAACUUAAAGAUAAGAAAACACCUUUCUUAUGGUUACAUCUGAAUAUUUUGAGAGAAUACCUGCAAAUUGAGUUGAAUGUGCCGGGACUUUCGUUUCCUUUUGACUUGGAAAAAUCUAUAGAUGAUUGGGUGUUUAUCUGUUUCUUUUGUGGUAACGAUUUUUUGCCGCAUUUACCAUCGUUGGAUGUUAGAGACAACAGUAUUACCACAUUGGUAACAAUCUGGAAGCAAAUUUUGCCAACUAUGAAAGGAUACUUGACCACAGAUGGGUAUUUAAACUUGCCCGCUGUGGAGAGACUGUUGGCAGAACUGGCAAAGAAGGAGGAUUAUAUUUUCAGAAAAAGGUAUGAGGACGAAAAGAGAUCACUAGAGAACCAAAAGAGAAGAAAACUUGCUCAAGAGCAAAGUUCGGCUAGAUCUCAAAAUGCUCCCAAUAUUUCAACUGGAAAGGACAAAGCUCCGUUAACGCCUAAUCAGAAUAUUCCACUUUAUACCACUAGCGGAGAAAGCGUUGGAAUUAAAAUGACCGACUCUGAGAUGGUUAACAACUCGGCAUUAAUUACUAAAGCAAAUGAAGCCAAUAAGAGCAUCGCUGAAUUAUUGAAACAGAACCUGCAAAAUGAGAUUAAUAAAAAGAGAAAAAUUAGCAACGAAGAGCAAGAAGUAGUUAAAGAAUCAGUUGAAGAAGUCGUUGAAGAAGAAGACGAUGUGCUUGUCACAUCUGAUCCUGAAGACUCGUCCACUGAGAUUUUGAUUCCCAAGAAUGAAGAGAUUAGAUUAUGGGAGCCAGGAUAUAGAAAGCGAUAUUACGAAACGAAGUUUCACACUAAGGACCCUCAGAAGGUUAAGAAAAUUGCCAGGAAUAUGGUUCAAAAGUACAUUGAAGGUGUAUCAUGGGUUCUUUUAUACUAUUAUCAAGGCUGUCCAUCUUGGAAUUGGUACUAUCCAUACCAUUACGCUCCUUUUGCAGCUGACUUUGUAAAUUUAUCUGAACUCAAGAUUGAGUUCGUUGAGGGAACACCGUUCAGACCGUAUGAGCAGCUGAUGAGUGUUUUACCAGCCGCUUCAAGCCAUAAUCUACCGGAUGUUUUUAGAAGCUUGAUGUCUGAUGCUAAUUCGGAGAUCAUUGAUUUUUAUCCAGAGGAGUUUCCCUUGGACAUGAAUGGUAAGAAGGUAAUUUGGCAAGCCAUACCAUUGCUGCCUUUCAUUGAUGAAAACAGGCUGUUGAAAGCGGUACAAUCAAAGUAUGAUCAACUUACCGAAGACGAAAAGUUUAGAAAUACCAACAGGUCAGAAAUUCUGGUUCUAGGAAGAAGCCAUUCACAUUAUCCCACGUUAGUCAAGGAAUUGUACGAAGAGGGAAAAGAUAGUUACGAAUUUCAAGUUGACAGUUCGGGAGUAUCAGGAGUAGCAAUUAAACUGCAGUCCUUUGAUAGGUCUGGAGUUCUUCGCCUACCUGUCAAACAACUCGAAGGAUAUCGUCACUACCCUGACAUUUCAAAUAGAGAUUUCCUGAUGGUGGAAUUCAAGCAAUUACCUAAGUCACAUGCAAAAUCUAUGAUUCUGUCAGGUUUAAUUCCUCAUUUGCGGAGACUAACUCAAGAAGAUAAAGACAGCAUUUUGUAUGGAGGAACCAAUUUCUACGGCCGAAACAGAUUCAGUCCUGAAGAGAACGCUGACUUCAAGCAAUACAUUGGCCCACAUGGAAAGUCACAGUACUUACCAAGACAGGGAGGAUAUAAGGCUUUCAUUCAAAUCCACAGUGAUGAGGCCAAGGGACAUAGACAUGGCAUCUACCACGGAGGAAGUCAUACUGAGACUGAGUUCCGAAGAGGCGGAGGAUAUCAUCAACAUGGAAACCGUGGAGGUAGAGGUGGAUACCAAGGAAAUCAGGGAUAUCAAGCUAAUUCGGGUGGGUACCAGAAUAGUUAUCAAGGAUCGUAUCAAGGCGGAUACCGUGGUGGGUAUCAGGGAGGCUCCCAGGGUAGAUAUCAAGCUGGCUAUCAGUCUGGCUACCAAGGCGGUUAUCAGGGUGAAUACAAAAAUGGAUACCAAGGAGGAUACCAGGGCAAUCAAGGUAACCAGGGCUAUAAUCGGCAAACUUACAAUGCUUCAAAAUCAGGAACUUUGCCUAUGAAAAGAAGGCACAACUAA